AUGGACUCCACAUGUGACGUGGCGAUAGUGGGAGAAAUCAGCUUAAGGACUUGGAGGUUACACGUAAGCGACGGCAUGGCGAAGAGGAUUGCUCUCAUCAGCUUCCUGUCACUCAUCAUGCUCAUGAGUGUCCUGGGAAACCUGCUGGUCAUGGUGGCUGUAUGCAAGGACCGACAGCUCAGGAAAAUCAAGACCAACUACUUCAUCGUUUCCCUGGCCUUUGCGGACCUGUUGGUCUCUGUGCUGGUGAUGCCGUUUGGUGCCAUAGAGCUGAUCCAUCAGAACUGGAUCUACGGAGAGACUUUCUGCCUGGUCCGCACCUCCCUGGACGUCCUGCUGACCACAGCCUCCAUUCUGCACCUGUGCUGUAUAGCUUUAGACAGGUACUAUGCCAUCUGUUGCCAGCCACUGGUCUAUAGGAAUAAGAUGACACCCCUUAGAGUGACACUUAUGAUUGGCGGAUGUUGGAUUAUCCCAACUGUCAUCUCCUUCCUACCCAUAAUGCAAGGCUGGAACAGUAUCGGAAUAAGACAUCUGAUAGAGGCACGGACAUUCAGCGGGAACUCCACGGUUUGCGUCUUCAUGGUGAACAAGCCCUACGCCCUCACCUGCUCGGUCGUGGCCUUUUACAUCCCGCUGGGCCUCAUGGUGCUGGCGUACCAGCGGAUCUACGUGACGGCGCGGGAACACGCCCGCCAGAUCGGCGUGCUGCAGCGGGCGGGGACCGCCUCCGACAGCGCCGACCACCAGCGGAACCACCGCAUGCGCACCGAGACCAAAGCCGCAAAGACGCUGUGCAUUAUCAUGGGCUGUUUCUGCCUGUGCUGGGCGCCCUUCUUCGUCACCAACGUGGUCGACCCCUUCAUUAACUACACCGUGCCCGAACAGCUGUGGGCGGCGUGCCUUUGGCUGGGCUACAUCAACUCCAUGCUCAACCCCAUCCUCUACGCCUUCCUCAACAAGUCCUUCCGCCGUGCCUUCCUCAUCAUCCUCUGCUGCGGCCACAAACGGUACCGCCGCCCGUCCGUCCUGGGAGCCGGAGCGCCGUGCACGGCCACGCAGAUCAACGGCUCCACGCACGUGCUCAAGUAUUCAGUCCUUCAUAAUGGGAAUCACAUAGAACAAGAGAAACUGUCACUGCAGAAUGACACAGAGUCUCAGGAGUCCUGCUUCUGA